AUGCAGCUGGUGUCCACCAUCUCAGCGAUCUUGUUGGGCAUCCAACUCACCAUUCCAUGCGCCCUUGCACACACUGGACAUGAUCUUACUGUCGAGUUGACGGAGCGCAAACGUUGGCUGGAUACAGAACCAAGAAGCGUCAAGUCCUGCAGCAACGAACUUGAGCGACGCGGGCUCCUUUCAAACGCGAUCGAGAGACGGAGAGAUCUCUUCCAGCGUAAUGCUCAGGAUUCGCUUGUUGGAGUGCAGUCCGCCAAAAACUUUGCCUUCCCACCGAAUCCGACUGAUGAGCGACUUCUCUUCACCGAUAACUCCAGCUGCAUCCUCACUCCGGAAGUUCAGGGCUUAGGCCACUUCAUUGCUGGCGAGCAAAUACGAUCGGACAUCAGCGAAGGUCAACCCGGCGUGCCUCUCACACUCGAGAUUCAGAUCGUGGAUGUUCGCAACUGUCAACCAAUCCCAGGAGUCUUCGUUGAGGUCUACCAAUGCAAUGCCACAGGUGUCUACUCUGGUGUACAGGCGGAGGGUAACGGCAAUGCAAACGAUGCAUCCAACCUGUACGCGACACAUGGACGAGGCAUCCAGCAAACUGAUGGCGAAGGCGUCGUAACAUCCAAAGGCAUAUUUCCGGGCCACUACUACGGCGUCGCACCCCACAUCCAUAUCCUCACGCACAGCUCAGCACAACCCGUCGCGCCCAGUGGAGAAGGCAGAAAUUACGUGCAAGCGACACACAACGGGCGCAUAUUCUUCGAGCAGGAUCUGAUUUCUCAGGUGGAAGGAACAUAUCCUUACAACACGAACCAGCAACCGUUGACGCUGAACAGUCAGGACGUGGUGCUGAAUCAGGAAGCACAAGUGACCGAUCCUUAUGCGAGAUAUGUUUGGAUGGGACAAAGACCAGAAGACGGUGUGCUGGCAUGGAUAAGUGUGGGCAUAGAUCCGACAGUGAUCCAUCCAAUGGAGUAUGUUGGGAAUGGAGCAGGUGGAAACGGAGGAGCGUUACCAUAG